CCUAACCUUAACCAUAAUCCAACAUAUUUGAAGAUCAAGCAAGUUUCGAGUUAAAUUUUUGAAAAUAUUAAUUGUUAACGAAUUAUGAAUAUGUCAGCGUGGAGUAACGCAGAAAUAUUUGAAUUUAUCGAUUUAUAUAAACAAGAACCAUGUAUAUGGAAUCCAUAUCACGAAAAUAAUAAAAAAAGGGACAAGAUUUACGAAGCUUGGAGCCGUAUAGCUAAUGCUAUUGAUAUUCCAGUGUCUGAGCUAAAAAAGAAGAAAGAGUCUCUAAUGUCACAAUUUAGAAGAAUUAAAAAUCUAAAAAAUAAAUCUAUUAUAGAACAUGAAAAUGGAGGUGAAAUUUAUAAACCAACGUGGAUUUUCUAUGAACCGUUAGAAAGCUUCUUAAAAGAUGUGUAUGAAUGCAAGGAUUUCCAAACAGAUGAAGAUGCGUCUUUUCAGGUAAUAACACAAUUUGACUCCGAAGGUAGUGUGGAUGAAGAACAUGAGACGAAAAUAAACAGUACAAGACAAAAACGUCAUUAUGCUAAAGCGCCAAAAUUUGAAGAGGUAAAUACACCGGUAAAUUCUAAUGGUGCCUUCUCCGACGCAGAACAUGAAUCAAAAGUAAAUAUUGCAAGGCUAAAACGUCUCUAUGCUACUCCGUCAGAACCUCAAAAAGCUCGCAAUUCACCACAAAUACUAGAAGUACAUUCAGAGUCAAAUUUAAAUAGUGCGUUAUCUGCUCUAAAUGCUACAUUGCAUACUAUGCAGAAUAAAUAUGAAACAGAAGAUGAGUGUGAUUUGUAUGGUAGCCUUCUUGCUAAAAAAUUAAAACGAUUUUCGGAAACAGAAAGACAAGAAUUAAUGUACGAAAUUGAUGGUUUAUUAUUACAGAAACAUCAUGCUAAAAGUUGAUAGAUAUUGAAAUCCAAAUAAUACCGAUUUUGGUGCCUUUUCGUUCCGAAGUUCCGGUUACAGGGAGUAUGAUUUUUUUCUAGAAAAUACUAAAAUAGUCACCCAGUCUGUCUACAUUUUGAAAUGUAAAGAAAGGUGAUCAGCGUUGGUAGAAUUUUAAGUAAACUUAAAAUUUUACCUCUAAGAGUUGUUGAGUAAAAAUUUAAAUAUCCAAUUGUUUUUUUGGAAUUCGAUCCAUCUGUUUUGGGAAAAGUUGUUCAG